AUGGCACCGAAUUUCUUUUUGGAAGCAAAAGACCCUGAUGGAUCCCUUGCUCUGGCUACACGGCAGGCUUGUUAUGACGGUGCACUAGGAGCUCAGGGCAUGCAUGCUCUCCAGUCAUACCAACAAGACGGAUCAACUUACGACAACAGUGCUUACACUCCCACGUCGACUUACCAUGGCGGUCAACUCAAGCUAUACACAACUCAUCUCAUCAAGCCCGAAGGCCCAGGCUGUCGCCCUGAAUACAUUAUGACCCAACUCAAUACUUGGGGGGCAUGA